AUGGGUUGUGCAUAAGUGGUCAAUACUACACAUGAGAUUUACGAGCCAAUCAUUGAAACUAAAUCUUCUAAAAGAACGACUUCAAAAAAUACAACUACUUGUCAAGACUCCCCAAUAAUAUUUCCAUUGAAUUUACCUGAUGGCUUUGGAAAAUACAAGAAGAAUCCUCGAAAUACUGGGAGUAGGACUAAGUUAAGGAAUACUAUGAGAAUAGAAAUACAAUUAGACAGUAGCAAAAAUACAAUCCUGUAAAGAAGAACAACAUCUGUUAUAGUCUGA